AAAUUUAACACUAAUUUUGCACUCUAUUUAAGACGCGAACAGUGUAUUAUGUCAAGAGUUUUCGUGUCCCAUAUCUUAGCGCUGCAGAUAAAUGUGAUUGUGUUUUACUUUCAUUUGGGACUAAACAUCGCUUGAUCAUGCGCGUGCUGCGCGUUCUUGUUCCUUUCUUAGGGGUUUGUUUUGGCGUUACAUUAAAAGACAAUAAGUAUGAAGGGAUAUACGUGGCCAUUCAAAAUAGUGUGGUCGAAGAUCAAAGCUUAAUCGGAAGAAUAAAGGAACUCUUCACUGAUGCAUCGCGACUGCUGUUCAGAGCUACGGGAGAGCGUGUGUAUUUUGGUGAGAUCGACAUCGUCGUUCCAAGAUCCUGGUCCCCACAGGGAGACGCCCAGCCAAUUCAACAAUCCGAGCGUGAAUACUUCAAGAUAGAAGACGGAAAACUAAUUACCCCGAGGACAUUUGGCAAUGAUCUAUGUGGGCAAGGAGGAACGUACACUUAUCUCCCCUUGUCAUUCGUCAAGAACACAUCCAGGACUGAUUUUGGAAAACACGAGAACGUUCUCGUUCACGAAUGGGCACAGCUACGGUGGGGUGUGUUUUCGGAAUACGGUACCGAUGAGGAAGCCAAAGGUUAUUUCUACCAAGCUCAAGGGAAAUGGAAACCCACAAGCUGCAAUGGGAACGUCAAAGGCCGUGUGGGGUUCGGUACAGACUGUAAACCUAGCCCAUGGUGUGAUACAGAUGACAUAACACAUCGUAUCCAUCCCAAAUGUCGAUUCUGUCCUGAUCUGACACAACCGGGAGCAGGGGCGUCCAUCAUGGACAACCAAUAUGUGGACCAACUUGAACUGUUUUGUGACGACACUAUCGGCACACCUGCAGCGCAAAGACACAACAAAUUUGCAACGAACAAACAGAACCUGUAUUGUAAUUACAAGAGCGUUUGGGCUGUCAUGAGGGAACAUUCUGAUUUUAUGGGAGAUCACAGUCGACCUCUCCCCGCAAACACCGACACCACACCAGUAUUCAACAUUUUACAGGAGGCAAAGAGCAAAAUUGUGUUUGUCCUUGAUAAAUCUGGCAGUAUGGAUUGGGACACACCAAAGAGGAUAGUACGCUUGCAUGACACUUGCAAAUACAUAAUCGAGAAUGAAGAGGAGAUUUGUGCCGAUAGCUACCUCGGAAUCGUUUGGUUUAGUUACUUCGCAUCUGUUCAGAAAGCAAUUACUAAGGUCGACAGUAAAGCCACGAGGGAUGCACUAGUUAACGCUCUCCCAACGAAUCCCUACGGCGGUACAUGUAUCGGAUGUGGACUCAAACUUGCUAUAGAUGAAAUCAAACGUACCUUCCCAUCAACAAAACAUUCUGAGAUUAUUCUUAUGUCUGAUGGCGAAGAGACGGAUAGCAACUUAACAAUAACAGAGCAAGCAAACAGAGCGAAAGAUCUUGGUAUACUGAUUCACACAGUAGCUAUCUCAAACCAGUCUUCUGUACGACUCGCCGACGUUGCGAAAACUACCGGCGGGAAAAGUCUUUUUCUGGAGAUUGGGGGAAAUAUUACGUUUGUUUCUGUCUUAUCCAAAGCAUUGGCAAAGAGUAUAACUGGGGGCGGAUGUAAAUCGGAGGAGAUGAGAUCAGGAACGAUUAAGGACAACAGCGUGUUGAAAUUCAAUUUCACAAUAGAUCAUGGAAUGGGAUUAAACACAACUGUUGCAAUAUUUCCCAGCCACCCAAACCUAAAAUAUUACUUUGAAAUAAAAGGUGCGGGGGGCUUCCACGAGACAAGUUCAGAUAUAAGUGAGACACCGCUCAUGGCACGGUUAGCUGGAAAGUUAACAAACGGUACAUACUCUGUUGUUGUUAAAACAAAGCCGAAUACAACUAUAAACUGGGAGUACGAUGUGAAAUCUAAAUCAAAGGAUAGCCAACAAGUUACCGUAACGACCCGUUUCCACGACGACGUUGUUUAUACUGACGUGUUGAAGGGAAACGCUCCUGUUUUAAAUGCCAACGUCAGCGCCAAGUCUGGAAACUGUUUUGUAAUUUUAUGGGACAACGGGAAAGGUAAAGACAUUACAGCUGGUGAUGGAACUUACACAGGAAAAUUUAGAUGUUCCAAAGCAGGCCGAAGUGAAACCCGAGUCAUUGUAAAGGCAAAUUCAAUUAUUAUUGUAACUGGCAUGGUCGGCGCGGCAACUCUUAACCCAGAGGCUUUUGAAGAAAUUGUUAUCGAGGAAAGUUUUGAAAGGUUUUCUCUUGUUGAGGAUGCCGAAUUAUCUCCAACAACGAUAAGGGAUACUUCACCCCCUGGUCGAAUUACUGAUCUCAGAAUCGAAGAUGUGGAAACGAAUGGAAACACCCGACAUUUUACAAUACGCUGGACAGCAACGGGUGACGACAGUUACACUGGUCAAGCAACAAAGUAUCAACUCCGAUACGCAACCGACUUCGACACUUUGUUAAAUAAUUUCGAAAAUGCACAAGAUCUGGAUAUUGGUCAACAUAACCUUGAACCUAGAGAUUCAGGCGAAGAUGAGACUGUCGAUAUUUCUGUAACAGCUGAAGAAGAAUUUAUCGAGACAGCUUUUUUGGUCAUCAGAGCAGUAGAUGAGGUUGGAAAUGAGGGAGCUAUGUCUAAUAUUGUGUCAAUAGUUAUAGCAUAUGGAUUUAAGAUGUCCUUUAACGGACGAACAAAUCAUACAUACAGUCCACCCCAUACUGUGGAGAAGAAAACCAACGUGGGGGUAAUUAUUGGUGCUGUGAUUGGAACAACAGUGCCGGUUAUCAUCGUUAUUGCAGUAAUCGUCGUUAUCAUUUUACGACGGCGUAAACUGAAGGAGAAAUCACAAUCCCCGGAUGAUCCACCGAGAGAAGACCCUGGUGUAAAAAUCUACUUCUAUGAUGUUACAUUAAAAGCAAUAUAUGGUGUUGAUAAGUUUUUGUGA